CUUCUCUUAAUUGGUCAUUGUGAGGGUAUUACGCUGGUAUUAAGUCGUUUUACUCUGAAAAUGUCGUUGUUUUACUCAGUACGCACUUUGGGUUAACUGAAGCUUGCCGACGUGGGAAAAGAAGAAAAAUCCCGUUUAAAUAGGAUUAGUUAAGUAAACUUUGUUCGGCGUUAUAUUCUUUCCGACUGGAAUAACAAACUAGCCCUUAACGUUAUCGUUUAUUUUUAAUGUCGAGUAUUUAAAUAAGAACUCGGGAAGAAAAUGACACGCUUAUGCUUAACUAAAGCCUUUCACUGUCUGUACGCCUAGUGAAGCACCGACUACUCGCCGAGGUUUAACGUUCAGCUGAAGGGUGCAGGAGGGCCAUAGGUGAGCAAUGGGUGAGAUCGAGGGCUCGUACCGUGCUCUGCCGACCCCCGGGACCCGUUUGGGCACCCAGACUAAUGCUGGCAUUAGUACCCUGGAGCAAGGCCAGAGCCUCAGUUCAAAGAGCCAAGGCAAGGGGCUGCCACUGCGGGUUCAAGGGCUGGAUGACGUACAGGAGUUUUACGACAUGGAGACGAAGGCGGAUGGCCAGGCUCUCCUGAAUGAGGUGUACCGGAGGCUCAAUCUCAUCGAGUCGGACUACUUUGGCCUGGAAUUUCAGAACGUGCACAUGAACUGGACAUGGUUGGAACCGUUGAAGCUCAUAGUGAAACAAGUAAGGAGGCCCAAGAACACGCUCUUCAGGCUCUCAGUGAAGUUCUUCCCCCCAGACCCUGGCCAGCUGCAGGAGGAGUUCACCAGGUACCUGUUUGCCCUGCAGAUGAAGAGGGACCUGAUUGAGGGCAGGCUUCACUGCUCUGAGAAUACCGCCGCCCUGCUGGCUUCUCACUUAUUGCAGUCGGAGAUGGGCGACUAUGACGACCUGGCCGACCGGGACUUCCUGAAGCUGAACAAGCUCUUGCCCAGUCAGGAUGUUCUUCAGGAGAAGAUCAUGGAGUUCCACCGUCGGCACUUAGGGCAGACUCCAGCUGACUCCGAUUUUCAAGUACUGGAGAUCGCCCGCAAGCUGGAGAUGUACGGCGUGCGGUUCCACCCUGCGGCGGACCGCGAGGGUACCAAGAUCAACCUGGCGGUGGCCCACAUGGGUCUGCAGGUCUUCCAGGGUAAUACAAAAAUCAACACCUUCAACUGGUCCAAGAUCCGCAAGCUGAGCUUCAAGAGGAAGAGAUUCCUGGUCAAGCUCCACCCAGAGGUCCAUGGUCCCCAUGAGGACACGCUGGAGUUCUUGAUGGCCAGUCGGGACCAGUGCAAGGUGUUCUGGAAGAACUGUGUCGAGCACCACACAUUCUUCCGCUUGUUUGACCAGCCAAAGCCCAAGUCCAAAGCCAUUCUCUUCAGCAGAGGUUCCUCUUUUAGAUACAGUGGGAGGACGCAGAAGCAGCUGGUGGAGUACGUCCGGGACAGCGGUGCAAAGAGGACCCCCUACCAAAGGAGGAACAGCAAGAGCCGCAUUUCGAGUCGCUCCGUGGCUUCUGAUGUGCCCAAACAGAGCCUGUCGUUCAACGAGAGUCUGAGGGUGCCGGCGACGCCCUCUUCAGCCACUGUGUCCUUCCACUCGCUCCGUACUGGAAGCCCCGCCCCCCACACGCCUCCAUUGGCCGGUCCGCCCAUCUCCCUGAAGGAGGAAACCUCCCAGGCUGCCACCAGCUCCCCGCCGCGCCCCGCGUUUCCAGGAGCUCCCCCCGACAGCCCGCAAGCCUCACCACCGUCCCUGGCUCCGGAGAGCCCCCUCUGCCUCUCCCCCUCCUUCCAGAUGUCCACCCUCAGCCUACCAGGGCAGGCUCCCUCCCCCCUGCAGAGCCCCAUCCUGAGUGAGGUGGGCAGUAUCCCGCUGGAGGAGGAGGAUGAUGAGGGGGUUAGGAGGAAGAGGUAUCCCACUGACAAGGCGUACUUUAUUGCCAAAGAGAUUCUGACCACAGAGAGGACCUAUCUGAAGGACCUGGAGGUCAUCACAGUGUGGUUCCGCAGUGCCGUCAUCAAGGAGGGCGCCAUGCCAGAAGGUCUCAUGACCCUCCUCUUUUCUAACAUCGACCCCAUCUACGAGUUCCACCGAGGGUUCCUCAAGGAGGUCGACCAGAGGCUGGCUCUCUGGGAGGGUCGAUCCAACGCCCAUGUUAAGGGAGACUACCAGCACAUCGGCGACGUAAUGCUGAAGAACAUGUGUGCUCUGAAGGAGUUCACCAGCUACCUGCAGAAGCACGACGAGGUGCUGACGGAGCUGGAGAAGGCCACCAAGCGCCUGAAGAAUCUGGAGACGGUCUACAAGGAGUUCGAGCUGCAGAAAGUGUGCUACCUGCCGCUCAAUACCUUCCUGCUGAAGCCCAUCCAGCGGCUGAUGCACUACAAACUGAUCCUGGAGCGUUUGUGCAAGCACUACACGCCGGAACACCGCGACUACGAGGACUGCAAGGGGGCCUUGAAGGAGGUGACUGGGAUGGCUGCCCAGCUGCAGAGCAGCCUCAUCCGGCUGGAGAACUUCCAGAAGCUCACGGAGCUGCAGAGGGACCUCAUUGGCAUGGAUAGUCUCAUCACUCCCGGCAGGGAGUUCAUCCGAGAGGGCUGUCUGUUCAAGCUCACCAAGAAGGGACUGCAGCAGAGGAUGUUCUUCUUGUUUUCAGACAUGCUCCUGUACACCAGCAAAGGGGUGACGGCCACAAACCAGUUCAAAGUGCACGGCCAGCUGGCCCUCCACGGCAUGAUCAUCAUACUGCUGGAUGUACCGGUUGAGGAGAGCGAGAACGAGUGGAACGUGCCCCACUGUUUCACCAUCUACUCCGUGCAGAGGACCAUCGUGGUGGCUGCUAGCUCUAAAGUGGAGAUGGGCAAGUGGAUCGAGGACCUGAACCAGGCAAUCGACCUGGCCAAGAUGUCCCAGGAGAAAUCGGGGCUUUUCCUGGAGUCGGGGCAGGGCGAUCGCUCAAACAGGUCCUCUGACGAGGUGUCCCUGGAGCAGGAGUCCGAGGACGAAACGCACUCAUCCCGUAGCUCGCUGGACAGGCAGACGCACCACCGCGCCAACACCACCAUGCAUGUGUGCUGGCACCGAAACACCAGCGUCUCCAUGUCUGACCACAGCCUCUCCGUGGAGAAUCAGCUCUCUGGAUACCUUCUCAGAAAGUUCAAGAACAGCAACGGCUGGCAGAAGCUGUGGGUGGUCUUUACGAACUUCUGCCUGUUCUUCUACAAGACACACCAGGAUGACUUCCCCUUGGCCAGUCUCCCCCUGCUGGGCUACACAGUCAGCACGCCGGGCGAGUUUGACGGCAUCCACAAGGAGUACGUCUUCAAGCUACAGUUCAAAUCCCACGUGUACUACUUCCGGGCAGAGAGCGAGUACACGUUUUCCAGGUGGAUGGAAGUGAUCAAGAGUGCAGCCAGUGCUCCGGGCAGGAUGAGUCUCCUCGUCCCCAAGGAUGCGCCUGAGAUCAAUGGCAACUGAGCACCUGGAUGCUCGGACUUCUUGGAGCUGCAGGGGUGGGUGGGGAAGCUUGUCCGUUUGUGAAUUAUUAUUAUUAUUAUUAUUUUUUUUUUAAUCCCCCACCCCCAAGUCACCUGAGAAACUCUGCUCUUGUUGCCACGGGGAUUGUCUCAGCGACUCUAAAGAACAGGAUAUGACUCUCAGGUGGAACCAUGAAAGGGCUCCUUUCGUUUGUGCCUUGUGAGCCUGCUCAACCU